CCACCAAUGGCGCCAAAAAUUUAGGAAUGCUUUCCCACAUGUUCUCACAUGGUUUUGUCUAUUAGGGUUAGUAUUUUAGAUUUUCAAUAAUUGUAAAUAUCACUGAUAUAAACAUUAAUAUAAAUAUAUACAGUAAAAAUGAAUAUAAUACCUUGUACAACUUGGGUGAAGAAGGGUGUCGCAGCUACAAAUCCCGAAAAGAUUGAGUUGACAACACAUGAAUUAGAAAAAAUAAUAAAAGGAACACAAUCAGAAUUGCAAAGUGAUGGAAGUGAUAGUGAUGCAGAAGAUGAUGAUACUACUCCAAAAUGCAAAACAAAAUCUAAGUUGGAUACAUCUCAAGCUGAUGAAUAUGACUUUGACAAAUAUGACGAAGAAUCUGGCGACGUACAUUGUAAUAUUGGUAAUAUUGCAAGUUUUGGAAAACAUGGAAAAGAUCCAUUGGUUACAGGGGAUGAUGAUGAUUCAGAGAAAGAAGAUGAUGGUAUAAAAAGUGAUGAUAACCUGGUACUAGUAGGACAUGUUGAAGGAGAUGCUAGUACAUUGGAAAUAUUUGUUUACAAUGAAGAGGAGGGUUCAUUUUAUUGUCAUCAUGAUAUAUUAUUACCAUCAUUUCCAUUAUGUAUAGAGUGGCUAAACUUUGAUCCAGCAGAUUCAAAACCAAGUAAUUUAUGUGCAAUUGGUAAUAUGACUCCCAUAAUAGAGGUAUGGGAUUUAGAUUUAAUAGAUUGUUUGGAACCAGCUUAUAAACUUGGUCGUAAGCCAAGUAAAAAAAAGAAUCAAAAACGCAUUGGACAUAAAGAUGCUGUGUUGGAUUUAGCAUGGAAUGAAAAUUAUACUCAUGUACUUGCUAGUGGAUCUGUUGAUCAAACUGUUCUGUUAUGGGAUUUAGAAAAUGGUACACCUGUUAAUAAAUUUGCUUCCUUUGGUGAAAAAGUACAGUCAUUGAAAUUUCAUCCAACAGAAACUCACCAAUUACUAACUGGAUGUGCGGAUAAGGUAGUGAGAUUAUUUGAUUGUAGAGAUGAAACAAUCACAAAAUCUUGGGAAGUAUCAGGAGAAGUAGAAAGAGUUUUAUGGAAUUACUUUGACCCAAAUUAUUGUAUAGUAAGUACAGAUAAUGGGUACAUGCAAUAUUUUGAUGUUAGACAAGAUGAUCCAAUUUGGAGUUUCCAAGCUCACACAAAGGAAGUUACAGGUUUAUCCUUGAGUUCAUCGUGUUCUGGCCUCCUGGUUACAUCAGCAAAUGAUGGUGUCAUAAAAGUAUGGGAUAUUAUUAAUCAUACAGACCCGUAUCUUGUUUGGGAAAAGAAAAGUAAUCUUGGUGCAGUACAAUGUCUCGCUUCAAAUCCGGACGAUCCCUUUGUGUUCAUUGCUGGUGGUGACAAUAAAUCCCAUAACCUUAAAGUAUUCAAUUUUAUGAGAAUAACAGAAGUACGUGAGAGAUUUGAAAACAGACAAACAUUAAAAAGUAAUAAUCAUGAAGAAAUGAUGGAUGUAACUGAAGACAUGGAAUCAAUGAUUCUUAAUAAUAGCCUUAAUACAUUAUGUAAAAAAAAGAAAAAGAAAAUAAAUGGAUAAGAUCAAAAUGAUGAAUAUAUCAAUGCUAAAUUCUGUAAAAAUUGUAAGUUGAAAGUACUUGUUUUUAUUUUUUACGUGUAUAUUAAUUGGUAUAAAUAAAAUGUGAAAAAGGAGUAUAUUCGGAAA